UAGUGUGAAGCAUGAGGAAAUAAUACUAGCACUUUUUAUUUAACAAGAAAUAACAUUGGUCACUUCAAUCGUGAUCCUCUCAUUGAUCCUUGACACUUCGACGUAUGAAAAAAAACGUAACUCUACAAGCGAAUAGAAUUAAUAAAUCAUUUAGUAAUACAUCGUUGAAGAGAAUAAUAACAUGAGAUCAUAAUUCAUUUAUCGACGAAGUUACUCGUGCGCGUUACAGAGACAAAAAGGAAAAAAAGAAAAAAUAAAGAUAAAAAGAAGGAACAUGAUGACUUCGCAUUUGAGAAAUCGGUGUCCAUGCGACGACACAUCGUGCGGUGUUUUCGUUAAAAGUUCUCGAGACUUUUUGGAAUGACUCGCAAAACUUGUUCGAAAAGUAGAUACGAUAUACUAGUUUUUGGUUUGGUUUAGAUUUUUUGCUUUCUUUUAGAUGUGGACAACUUUUUUAAAAGUGGACUGCAAAAGAUGCACCGACCAGUUCGUAAAAAAUAUUUAUAAAUUCCAAAGUGAGAACUAGUGAUUCCCUCUUUCCUUUCAUUUUAAGAAAAGAAGAUUUCACAAAUUCUUGGAUAUAUAUAUUGUAUUUAUAUAUGUAUUAUACCAAUAAAGUUAUAUCUACUUAGAACGGAAGUUGAUAUAAAUAUUCAAUUAGCAAAGUCUUCGGUCGCACUUUUGUUCACGUGUUAUUCGUAGGUUCGCGAUCGUGGUGAAAACUUAUUCGAAAUAGUGCGGUUGUUUGUCGAGAAAAAAAAAUCGAUUUGAAAUAUUAUCCUGUGUCCAAAGAAAAAAAAUAAAACAAUGAAACAAAAUGAACGAGACAACGAAUUCGUCUUUUACAACUGUUAAUAAAGAAGAAGAAGAAGAUACCAGAGACGAGUACCUAGCUAAAUGGGAAAUAGUGCUAUUAGCGAAUAUAUUAAUUUUCACCAUCUUUGGAAAUAGUUUGGUAUUGUUGUCCUUAUAUUUAAGAAGAUAUCGUGCCCAUAAAAAACUCAGUAGGAUGUAUUUCUUUAUUAUGAAUCUUAGUAUAGCAGAUUUGUUGACAGGUCUGCUCGACGUUCUACCACAGCUCGCUUGGGAUAUAACAUUUAGAUUUCAGGGUGGGCUGGUGCUCUGCAAGUUAGUGAAAUUCUUUCAACCAUUCGGCCUUUAUUUGAGCUCUUACAUUUUGACAGCAACGGCGAUCGAUAGAUAUCACGCAAUUUGUCAUCCUCUCAGUUAUUGCAGCGUAACAUCGAGAAAAUCUAGAAUAAUGGUUUAUUGCGCUUGGUCCCUCGCAUUGAUUCUCUGCAUACCUCAAUUAUUCGUGUUUUCGUAUCAAGAAGUAAUGCCAAAAAUUUGGGACUGCUGGGCAACUUUUGACAUUAAGUUUGGUGAAAGAGCGUACGUCACGUGGUACAGUCUAAUGGUCUUUCUCUUACCAUUCAUCGUUCUCGUAUAUACCUACGUUGGAAUCUGUGUUGGUGUGUGGCGAAGUAAUAAAAUGUCCGGUACCAUGGACGAUAAAGCGUACAUUAGAAGUAUCAGCAAUUAUUCUCGUAAUCGAAGUACAUUCAUUUCUAAGGCAAUGAUCAAUACCGUUAAGCAAACUAUAGCUGUAAUCACUCUCUAUGCUCUAACAAGUAUUCCGUUUAUUGGAUGCGAACUUUGGAUGACCUGGGAUACCGAAGCUUCCAAAACAUCUUUCGCAAAUGGUCCCGCGUUCACGAUCCUAGCCCUUUUAAACAGUUUAACCAGCUGCGUUAAUCCAUGGAUAUAUUUAUCAUUUAAUCGAGAACUACGUCAGACGCUAAUGAAUUAUUUCUGCAAUCGUAAUGAGCAUUCGCAGAAAUAUUACGGUCAGAGAAUGAUGCGUCGCAGUGACUCGAACGACACGUCGACGAGGAUAUCGCUGAUGUCCAGGAUAUCGCGAUAUACUAGUUCAAUAAUUCCACGUUAACGAAGAGGACUCAACGAUAUGUAUGAGUCAAAUAAAAUCAAAAUGCACAUUCUCUCGUCUCUUUUUGACGAUAGGAACAAUUGUGUCGUUGGAGAAGAUAUUAAUUAGCUUUUUAUCAUGAUCGAUACGUUAAGGAAAUAUUUUUCUUUUUUAAUUUUUAUACCACUCCGUGUAUAAAUGCAACUCUAGCAAAUAGGUCCUUCAUUUACAAUUUUUGUACUUUUUAUAUAAAUAUCCAUUACACAUAUGCAUUACGCUUGAAAGCUCAUAAAAAUUCAAAACCGAUGUAUAAUAAUAUUAUAUAUUAUAUAUACGUAA